AUGGAAGUAUAUUCUGGUGCUAUUGAAGAUUUUAAUUGGAGGACUUGUGAGAAAUUCUUCAGAUUCAUUAGAUUUGGGAUAACUAGGGGGUGGGGAAGACAUUAUCCUUUGAAAAAUAAGGCUCUUGACAGCAAAGGUGGUAAAAUGUUGAGCAACAGGGAUCGAAAUUUACCUGAAGAUGUUGUGAAUGAGAUACUCUCAAGGCUACCCGUGAAAUCCCUGUUGCGAUUCAAAUGUGUCUGUAAAUAUGCUAUCGCUUUUUUCCUUAAUGAAACACUUGUUGGCAUACCGCCUUUACUUGAAAAUUUUGAUCAUCUACAGAUCCCAGAUCCUAUGCGACAUGUUGUUGGCCCCAUUGACGACAUAUUUUUGGUAUACACUUAUGGGUACAGUGAUGGCAAUCGUAUGGCUCUGUGGAACCCUGCUAUGAGAGAGUUUAGACUCUUCCAUGUACUUGAGCCAAUUUUUCCACCGAAUUUUCAUGUUGUUGUAAAUGUAGUUGGAUUUGGGUUGGACCCAUUGACUAGGGAUUACAAGAUUAUUUGGAUUCGCAACUUUGUUGAAAGGAUUGGUGAUGUAUCAGGUGAUGACAUAGAUUAUCCUUGUUAUGUUGUUGCACUAUACACUCUAGGUGAUGAUAGUAGAUAUGAGAUCCUUUUAUUUGACAUGAGGCUAGAGGAGUUUAGAGAGAUAAAAGUGCCAGCUAAACCUGAACAGAAAUUGGGGUCUCUUUCAUUGUACAAUGAUUCUAUUGGUUUGUUCUUUUGUCAAACUUAUGCGAUUUUGGAAUGUAGUAUUGAUAUAUGGGUGAUGGAGGAGGAAGGGUGUUGGAACAAACUAGUAACAAUAAAACCCUUUCCAGAAGUUUUACGUCCAUGCGGGUUUUAG